UGCUUGCAUCUCUGGUUUUGCAGUCUUGUCCCCAAAAGGUCAAACAGCAGUAGAGGACAGACUCCAGCAGAUGUUCAGCCAUGCACGGGGCAACUCUUGUAUUUAUCCUCACUGGGGUGCUCCUGUAUUUGGUGAUGGGGGCUCUGAUGUUCAAUUAUCUGGAGGUCGGUUAUCAAAAGGAACACUUUGACCUUCUGCAGACCACCAAACAGGAGUUCCUCGGUAACUAUACCUGUGUGGACCCAGAGAAUCUAAACAAGUUCAUCAAUAUACUAGCAACGGUAAUGAGUGUUGGAGUUGACCCCACCAACAAUGAAACCAAUUUCAGCACCAGCUGGGACCUGGCCAGCGCUUUCUUCUUCUGUGGAACCAUUGUCACCACCAUCGGUUAUGGAAACAUCUCUCCAAAGACAUCGUGGGGUCAGUUCUUCUGUAUCUGCUAUACACUGGUGGGCAUUCCCUUGUUUGGAUUUCUGUUGGCUGCCGCAGGAGACCACCUGGGGACGUCGCUGAGGAACGCCAUUGCUAAAAUUGAAGCGCUUUUAUGGAAAUUUAAGGUGAAACCGGUCAUCGUGCGUGUCAUCACCUCAGUGCUGUCCAUCCUGCUGGGCUGCGUCCUCUUCAUCUUUUUGCCAAUUUUAGUCUUCCAAGAGAUUGAAAAUUGGUCUCUGCUGCAAUCUGCCUACUUUGUGGUCAUCACCCUCACUACUGUGGGUUUUGGAGACUAUGUUGCAGGGGAUGGCAUCAAGGGUGACGACGGUCGAGAACAUUGGUACAAGCCUCUGGUGUGGUUCUGGGUUUUGUUCGGUUUGGCCUACUUUGUUACCAUUCUCUCCAUGAUUGGGAACUGGAUCUUGGUACUUACGAAAAAAACCAAAGCUGAGAUGGAGGGGUUGCGAGCCCAUGCCUCGGACUGGACUCAGAACAUCCAGAACAUGUCUGUGGAUUUCAACAUCGCCGGAAAACUUGAAGAUCCCUUCAAGCGCAGCAGGAGAAAGCGCCAUCACAGGCGACACAAACGCACCGGCAGUCAGGGUGAAGUCGGAAAAGAUGGUAGAGAGGAGAAUGAAUCUGAAUCCGGCUCCUACUCAUCAGAUGAGUCUGAAGGCAGCUCAGAGUCAGAGUCAGAGGCAACCCAAACUGAACGGGUCCCGGAGGGUGGAGGAAGCGUUGCUGCUAAGGAAUUAGAGAAAGAGGAAAAACUCCACGCCAUCCCCAAAGAUCCCAUCCCCAAAGAUCCCAAGCCCAAAGAUCCCAUCCUCAAAGAUCCUAUCCUCUCACAGCCUUUGGAUUACUUUGGGGAAAAUCUUGCAUACAUUGAUGAAUCCUCAGAUGCAGGGAGCAGGAAGGUCCACCUAGACCCCCUGCUGGAUUUACCAGACUCAAACCCAGACAGGCCCAAAAGGAGACGUCAACGGAGACAAUUGAGAAGAGAUCAACCAAAAAACAAGUCCCCCCAAACCAGUCCAAAUGAACCAGAGAAUAGAGCGCCAAAUGGAGACAUUCAGCAGAAAGAUCCUUCUACGCCAAAGGUGUGAGUGUUAGAGUGUUGAGGAGGAUUGUAGUUCCUCAAAAAAAGCCUCUUUGGAAUAAACUUUAAGCAACUGCUAGCUUUAAGAUAUGCUGUGCUCCACUGUGACGGUAUUCUCAGAUUUUACUGGGACAAACAAAAAAAACUGUCCAUGUGCCUAAAAUGCAAAAGGGGGGAAGAAGAAUCAGGUCAUGUCAACUCUUGAAUCCCUCAGCAUGAGAGAGAACUUUUAUUGGAUAAUCUUGUCUUGUGUACAGGAAGGCCAUCGUGAUCAGUCAAUUAGCGCCAUCUUGUGGACGCUGACUUGUUUACAGAUGCACUGACUGUCAAUGAAUGUUUUUUUUCGGUGUGCCUUUCGCUCCUUUCCUAGCGUCGUAAUAAUUAUAAAGGAAUGACACCUUCUUACUAAUGUUACUAAUCCAACUCAACUGAUACUUACUGCUUGAGUUCAUCAAACUGUAACUUUUCUACUACUGGAAAAUAAUCUACUACCUGUUUUUGCUUCAAGUAAAAAAGUGACUGUUUUUAAGUUUUCCAAGUUUAUACACACCAAGCAGCACUUUAUUUCCAACAAAGUGACUCAUUCUCAUGACUGUGACUUUUAAUAUCACUGCUACAACUUCACUUUUAGGUACAAUUUUACUUCUCAUAGUUUCCCUUUAUAGCGACGCAGUGGCGCAGUAGGUAGUGCUGUCACCUCACAGCAAGAAGCUUGCCGGUUCAAGCCUUGGCUGGGUCGCUUGCCGUUUCUGUGUGGGGUUUGCAUGUUCUACCUGCGUUCGCGUGGGUUUCCUCCGGGUGCUCCAGUUUCCCCUACAGUCCAAAGACAUGCGGUACAGGUGAAUUGGGUAGGCUAAAUUGUCCGUAGUGUAUGAGUGUUAGU